AGCAGGUGUCGCCGCGGCUGCUCCCUGCAAGCUGUCCAGCAGUAAACAUGGCGGUGCGGAAGAAGGACGGCGGCCCAAACGUUAAAUAUUUCGAAGCCUCCGACACGACCGCGCAGUUCGACAAUGUCCGUAUCUGGCUGGGCAAGAAUUACAAAAAGUAUAUCCAGGCGGAGCCGCCCACUAACAAGUCUCUCUCCAGUCUGGUGGUGCAGCUGCUGCAGUUCCAGGAGGAGGUGUUUGGGAAGCACGUCAGCAACGCGCCACUCACCAAACUACCGAUAAAGUGUUUCCUGGAUUUCAAGGCCGGUGGGUCGCUGUGUCAUAUCCUGGCAGCAGCAUACAAGUUCAAGAGUGACCAGGGCUGGAGGAGGUUUGAUUUCCAGAACCCGUCUCGAAUGGACCGCAAUGUGGAAAUGUUCAUGACUAUCGAGAAGUCACUGGUGCAGAACAACUGCCUGGCCCGGCCCAAUAUCUACCUGAGCUCAGACAUCGAGCCCAAACUGCUGAGCAAGAUGAAAGACAUUAUCAAGAGACACCAGGGCUCAGUGACAGACGACAAGAAUAACAGCACCCACACUGUGGUGCCUGUGCCAGGGAGUCUGGAGGAAGAGGAAUGGGUUCGUCCAGUCAUGAGCAGAGACAAGCAGGUCCUGCUGCACUGGGGAUACUACCCUGACAGUUACGACACGUGGAUCCCUGCCAGCGAGGUGGAGGCUGCUGUAGAGGAACCGCCCAGCGUGGAGAAACCCAGGAAGGUGCACACCAAGUGGAUCCUGGAUCUCGAUGUCUUCAAUGAGUGGAUGACGGAGGAGGAUUACGAGGUGAGCGAGGCCCCCCGGCGCAAGCGCAUCUCUGCCAAGACCCUGACGGACGAGGUGAGCACCCCCGACCUGGAGCGCCGAGACAAGAGGCCCCCCGGAAACUCCAAGAAGAGGAAGCGCUCGCCCUCGCCCUCCCCCACCCCCACCCCCGAGAGCAAGAAGAAGAACACCAAGAAAGGUCCCUCCACUCCUUACACCAAGUCGAAGCGCGGACAUCGAGAGGAGGAGCAGGAGGAUCUGACCAAGGACAUGGACGAGCCCUCGCCGGUGCCCAACGUGGAGGAGGUGACCCUGCCCAAGACAGUGAACAUGAAAAAGGAUUCAGAGUCGGCUCCAGUGAAGGGAGGCACCAUGACAGACCUGGACGAGCAGGAGGAUGACGCGACGGAGACUGCAGGCAAGGACGAGGAGGAGAGUUCUGCAGGUAAUAAAGGGGAGCAGACCAAGAACCCCGACCUGCACGAAGACAACGUGACGGAGCAGACUCACCACAUCAUCAUCCCCAGCUACGCAGCCUGGUUCGAUUACAGCAGUGUCCACGCCAUCGAGCGCAGAGCCUUGCCGGAGUUCUUCAAUGGCAAGAACAAGUCCAAGACUCCUGAGAUUUACCUGGCAUAUCGAAACUUCAUGAUCGACACGUACCGCCUCAACCCCCAGGAGUACCUCACCUCCACUGCCUGCCGACGCAACCUGGCCGGGGACGUGUGCGCCAUCAUGAGGGUGCAUGCGUUUCUGGAGCAGUGGGGUUUGAUCAACUACCAGGUGGAUGCUGAGAGCCGCCCCACCCCCAUGGGCCCGCCCCCCACCUCGCACUUCCACGUGCUGGCAGACACCCCCUCCGGCCUGGUGCCCCUGCAGCCCAAAACACCACAGACCGCUGCCUCCCAGCAGGUUCUCAGCUUCCCUGACAAGGCCAAGGAGAAGCCGGUGGAGCUGCAGAACUUCGGCCUGCGCACCGACAUGUACGCCAAGAAGAGUGUGCCCUCCAAGAGUAAAAGUGCGGCCAGCGCGACCCGGGAUUGGACUGAGCAGGAAACUCUACUGCUGCUGGAGGCUCUGGAGAUGUACAAGGACGACUGGAACAAGGUGUCGGAGCACGUGGGCAGCCGCACGCAGGACGAGUGCAUCCUCAACUUCCUGCGGCUGCCCAUCGAGGACCCCUACCUGGAGGACUCGGACGCCUCGCUGGGGCCCCUGGCCUUCCAGCCUGUCCCGUUCAGCCAGUCCGGGAACCCCGUCAUGAGCACUGUGGCCUUCCUCGCCUCCGUCGUGGACCCCAGAGUGGCCUCCGCCGCGGCCAAGUCUGCACUGGAGGAGUUCUCUCGGAUGAAGGAGGAGGUCCCGGCCGCACUGGUUGAGGCUCAUGUGAAGAAGGUGGAGGACGCGGCGCGUGUCACUGGGAAACAAAACCCCCUCUUCGGACUGGAGAGCAGCGGCAUCGCGGGGACCAGCCUGGACGAGCCUGAGAGGAUGGACGAGACAACUGAGGAGGCUAAGAGUGAGAUCCAGCCAUCAGAGGAGAAGAGGGAUCCCAAGGAAAGUAAAGAGGGUGUGCCGGAUGAAGAAGGGAAAGAGAAACCGGUGGAGGGCGAUAAGAAGGAUGAGGAGAGAGGGAAGGAGGGCGAGGCAGAGGAGGGAGAAAAAGCAGACUCGGAGAUGGGUGAUGGAGAGAAGGAGAAGGAGCAGAAGGAGGGUGUGGAGGAGGGGAUGAGAGAGGGGGAGAGCGAGGGAGAGAAGAAGACCAAGACGGAGCGAGACGUGGGGGAGGGGAACCUCGCCACGGCCGCGGCCUCGGCACUGGCUUCUGCUGCAGUGAAGGCCAAGCACCUGGCUGCAGUGGAGGAGAGGAAGAUCAAGUCCCUGGUGGCUCUGCUGGUUGAGACUCAGAUGAAGAAGCUGGAGAUCAAGCUGAGGCACUUCGAGGAGCUGGAGACCAUCAUGGACCGCGAGCGUGAGGCGCUCGAGUACCAGCGGCAGCAGCUGCUAGCAGACCGGCAGGCAUUCCACAUGGAGCAGCUGAAGUACGCAGAGAUGAGAGCCCGGCAGCAGCACUUCCAACAGAUCCAGCACCAGCAACAGAGCCAGCCUCCCAGCCAGCCCCCUCCCGCCAACCAGCCAGCCCCCCAGCCAGGGCCCCCGGCCCCCGGAGCACAGGGCCCCAGUGCGCCCCCGUCUGGCCCCCAGCCAGCUGAGCAGCAACCCACCACCCCUCCCCGGCGGACGCCCCCCCUGCCUCUCACCCCUGCAGGGGCACAGCCUUCCACACCCACCAGCCUGCCGCACGAGCCCAGUGUCUCCAUGCCUCCAGACUCCCUGCCUCCAGCCCCAGCCUCGGCCACGCCUGUGCCUCCCCAGUGAGGCAGAGAGCGAGAGAGACUGAACCCCCUCUCCACUCCACACAGUGCGAUCGCAGCUCCCACGAUAACUAAAUCCACCCCAAUCAUCGCUGACUCCAGAGUCACUUCAACCACACAGGAUAUACAGAACAGAAGUAUGCAGCUUGGAGCAAUGAGACGUGGCAGGUAGCACCAGCAGGGGGCGAUGUCUCCAGAACAGAAAGCGACUGCAUUCAUCACGAAGUGCUUGCAGUGUCUGGGUUAUAGAUCCCUGGCUGGAAGGUCCUGUCGUUCUUAAAAAGGAAACGAAAAAACAAAAUUAACAGUGUUACAAAACAAUCAAGAUGUAUUGCUUUUUAAAUAUGAAUAUGUAGUUUUUUUGUUUUAAGUACUUGCUUCAAUUGUUGAGCUCCGGUAGACAUGCUUUAGACAGUGACCUAUACGCAAAACUAGGACAGAUCAAGUCUCUUAAUGUCUAUUGAGCGCUUUCCUUUCAGAAACCAGGAGUAAGUUAGACUGAAAUUUCACCAGGUGAAGUAUGAAGUUUCAUUGCUUUACAGCACGUACCUUUACCCUGUAUAUCAGAGAAGUGCCUGAGUGAGUGAAAGAGACAGACAGACAGGCAGACAGGCAGACAGGCAGACAGACUCUUUCUGGGGAGGAUUUUGGCAAAUCUCCAGAAAUCAGCCAUAAAAUGGUAGGAUUGGGAAUGCAAUUAACAAAGAAAACCCUUUAUUAUUAUUAUUAUUAUUAUUAUUAUUAUUAUUAUUAUUAUUAUUAUUAUUAUUAUUAUUAUUAUUAUUGUUAUUAAUGUUAUUCUUCUAAAUGUUUUUUCUAUUAUUAUUUUAGCAGAUAGGAAGGCCCUGUCUCUGUUUAAAAGAAAAAAUCCUCAAUGUUACAAAUAAGAGGUAUUGAUUUUUCAAUAUGAAUGCACGUGUGUUGCAUGGCUGUCUUCCUGUGUUAAAAACACAAAAACAAUUAUGAAAAGAAAAAAAAAAACUUGAGCACUUGAAUGCAUCUUUUUAUUUUAUUUUACCAGUGCAUUUUGCCAAAAAAGAAAAAAAGAAAUUAACCCAGGCAUUCUGUAAUAAAGACCCUUCUGCUUUUGCAAUAUUGAGGGCGGCACUGGAUUCUGGAGUUUUGAUGAAGAACCGUUUUCACUCCUCCCUUCAUCAUAAUGCAGUUGAAUGUUUCAUCCUGUAGAUCUCAAUGUAUUUGUGCAGAGACCAUUGUGCUAACCAGGACUCUUCAGUGUGCUGUACAGCAGGACCUCAGAGUUACAAACACCUUGGGAACAGAGGCUUCAUAAGUAACUGUGAAAUGAGUCUUCAGCGGUUUUAAUGAAUGUGCCCACCUGCUCUCUACAGCCUCAAUCUGGAGGAUAAUGCAAGGAUACAGCACAGGAGUGCUGGGGAGGGGUGCUUAGUUUAAAACUGAAAUGUUCCUUGCAUCGUAGGCAUGGCGGAGGGAUUGCAGUUGAAAGUGAGGUGUUGGGUUGAGCGGUCACUUCAUAAGUUUGGUGUUUGUAACUGUGAGGUUCUACUGUUUAGAGGGGAUUCCCUGUAUGUAUAUAUAUAUCAUAUGGAGAGGACAGCAAGACCAGGGGAUGUACAGCUUGGGCCUAGAAAUGACUAACAUAAUAUCACAUUCCCUUACUGUACCGCUGUGAGAGAAAUCUGUUAAACUGAAAGCCAGGAGCAGUAGGAGGAAUGUCAUGUUUAAAGGUAUUCAGAGCACUGUGUUGUGUGUCGUUUCCCUUUCUUUUCAGUGGGGCUGCGGCAGUGAAGCGUCGCACCCCCAGAAUGUAACGGUCCCAAGGCUGGAGUGUUUCAUUCUCGUGCAAACUCUCUAAAUGAAGACAAUAGAAAGUGAAAGAGAUCGGCCCCUUCUCUCUCCUGUUACUGUAGUCAUGUGUUCUGGGUCGUAGUUAAAGUAGAAAUCGCUGUUUGCCAUUUUCCUUCCUUCCUUUCCACUGCGGUCACAGACCGCUUCGUUAGCUGUUGCCUCUGUUGAAACCCCUCACUAUUUCUAACAGUGUUUUUUAAAAGCUUACUUUAUCACCUUAUGCUGAAUGGGAAACGUCUGAGAAUCGUUUCAUGAAUCUUCCCUCUUGUGCACGUCCGUUUGUUAUCUCACAUGCUCUAGUAAGCAUGAUCCCUGGUACUACACUAGGUUAAAGAAAUCUCUGUUUGCGAGCCUUGUUUUCAGAUAGUGUUGCACUUCCCUUUGGUCACCUUCUUUCCUGUCAUUAAUCAGCCAACUUCCUCUAUCAAGCUUUCAGCCAGGAAGGUGACCCUGAAUACACUGCUGCGGUGACCUAGGAAGUGCAAGUCUAACAGAUUUCCUGUGAGCAAGGCUUGCAAACUUUCUUCAGCCCGGUGUAGGGUCAGGUGUGUUGUAAGGAGAAUCCAUGUGUACUGGAACAUGUGUUUCUUUCAAAACUGCACAUUUGAGAUCUGUGUAGCUCAGAGCAACACUGGUAAGAUUUAUGGUACGGUUUGGUUAGCUAUUUAAAAUCUGGCUGAACUGCUGUUUGAGUGUUCUUUGUUUUUAACUAAGUUUAUCUUUAUGUCUGCAAUGACUUUAGCCCCAGUGGACAUCAGUGUAAUCCACAUCAUAAAACAAAGUCCAGCACAGUUUUGGUUGCAGUUGGUGUAAUUGCUCGUCUGAGUUCAGAUACAGAGCCACGACGGAGCUGAAUGCUCCUGUACUUCAUGGGGUGUUGAGAACGGGGCAUUUUGUUCAUUUGAAGGCAAGCAGAGGGGUGGAAAGGGUGACUCCCUCCUCUUUAAUAUCUGUUACUAAAUCAAAGAGAUAUAAAUUUAUAUAUAUAUUAAAGUCGUGGUUUUUAUUGUACAUUUGCUUUUUUAUAUAUUGCUUCUGUUUGUGUCGGAACUGCCCAGGUGAAUCUGAAAAGAGUGUACCAUCACAGGCAAGAUAUAGGGGGUAGCUGAGGACACACAGAUAAAGCUGUUAGUUUAAUGAUAAGUGUAGUGAAACGUCUUAGCAUCCAGAAAUAAUUACAGUCAACCCUCUCUUAACUUGUACAGCUCCCGGUAGAGUACUAUACUGUAAAGAUCUAGUGUACCAUUAACAGGACGGGGUGACGUUACACACAGGAGGCCAGGGUUAUUACAGGGUUAAAGAAGGGUUUUCAUUCAACGGUGGACAGUCAUUAAACUUAGGCUGUGGUUAGCUACCAGGAGUCAGAAAACUAGCACAAUGAGGUUUUGAUUAUAGAAGAUUAAAAACCAAACCAGAUUUCUGUACUUUGAGAAACAAGCAAACAUUUGGGCUUGUGCCGCCUUCAGUGUACCAAGACACCUAGACACUGCAGACUUGGAUGAUUCGGUUUCUUACAGUUUCAGUUUUGAAGUUAUGCAGGAGUCACAAAGGCAUCAAUAUUAAAAGGACUGGCUUGCGUUGACAGAAACAAGCAAGUCUGUAGUAAGGGUUUCUUUCAUCAGUUCUAUCUGUGUGUCAUACAUCCUGAAUAACGCUUCCCCUGUAAUGUGUCGAGGUAUCACAAAACAAACCUGUGGAACACAUUGUGUUUGCAAUCCAGUUCCAUGUGUAAUGCGUUUCUCCAGCGCACAGUUCUGACAGUAUAGAGACUCAAAGCCAAGCCCUGUUGUGAAGUCUGGUUAGUGUGGUUUGGGGCAGAUUGUUGUAUUGUAUGUUUUAGAGAAAAAAAAAAUGAAAUAAAAAAAAAAAAAAAGAAACUGUUCGGUAGUGCAUUCUCACGUAGUCCUGCAUGGUCAUGACUCCAACGAAACAAAAACAAAAAGAUUAAAAAAAAAACAAAAAACGCUUAUUUAAAAAAAAAAAUUCAAGGUGAAAAACAUUUGCUGAAUAAAAUCUUUAUAAAA